AUGGAAGCCAUCAACUCCAUCUACGGCGAGGACACGCUGUGCCCGACAACGGACGGCGGACCGACGAGCUACAUCCUCCGACUGCCGGGCGACGCGUCGUCGCUACGGCUAGACUUCCCGUCGUCGUACCCUUCCUCGCCUCCCAGCGUGACGGGCACGCACCACAGCUCGGGCGGCAAGAAGGGAGCCGGGUCUCGCGAUCUCGACCUCUUCCGCUCCUGUCUCGGCAACGUCUUCCAGCCGGGCAUGGUAUGCAUCUUCGACGCGGUGGAUGAGUUCUCCCGUCGUCGAGAAGAGGAGGGGCAAUCGGAGGGAUCGGAGGAAUCGGAGGGACCGGAGGGAUCGGAGGGAUCGGGGGGAUCGGAGGAGGAGGUGGAGGAAGGUGUCAGAGGUGAGAGGAAGAAGUGGGUAGAAGACGAGACGGAACUGUCGAGUCUUGCGGCACCGCCGUGGACCGUCUCGGCGCCCUUUGUCGACUGCAAGUCCAGCUUCGUGGCGCACGUGGCGCCGGUGACGUCGCCCGACCAGGCGCGGCUCUACGUCGCCCAGCUGCUCGAGUCGGACAGGAGGAUACGGGACGCUACGCAUAACAUGACGGCCUGGAGGAUAAGGGGGACGGGAGGCGGUCGGUCGUCGGCGACCGUGACGUACCAGGAUUGCGACGACGACGGCGAGACGGCCGCCGGCUCCAGGCUGCUUCACCUCAUGCAGCUCAUGGACCUGUGGGAUGCCAUGGUGGUGGUGACCAGGUGGUACGGUGGUGUCAAGCUCGGACCUAGGCGGUUCGCCAUCAUCAACGCCGCCGCGAGGGAUGCCUUUGUCAGGGCAGGCAUGGUGGUCGAGAAGGACAAGGGCGGGAAGAAGAAGGGCAAGUAG